UUCACAACAGUUCGGUUGCUAGGGAUUCUAGGCGUCUUCCUAGUCUGGUUGCUAGCUAAUGUGCUAUCUAGCUGUCUGUCUUGUUUUUAUGCAUAACCUUGCACUUAGUCAACAUAUAAAUAAAGAUACAUCUAUUUAAAGGUUUAAUAUUAAUUCAUAUUUCGAAGUAGACUGCGAUGUGAAAAAGCCAGUGUUUACAACUUCACAUGAGUUCCAGGGAGAUAAAGGAGAUGGGAGACAUCUUGGCCAAUGAAGCUGAUCUUCUCGGGAUGAUCAAGGAGUAUUUGAAGUAUGGUGAAUUUGAAGAGACAGUUCAUCACUUUGAGAAGGAGUGUAAAAACAAAGGGAAAGUUGUUCCAAAGCCCAGAGGCAACAGUCUUCGGGACUCGAAAACGCUGAUUAUCCAGAAGGACCUGUUGAGCUCCUUUGAGGACGGCGACUUCAAGGUGUUCUUCGAGCUGUGGACAGAGUUUGUCCCUCUGGAGGUCAGGGAUUGUGAUCCUCACGCCCAGAAACUGGAGUUUUACCUUCAUGUCCACUUCACCAUCUUCCCCCUGAAAAUACACUUGGGCAGACAUGACCGAGCAGACUUUGAGGUGAGGAUCACCCACUUCAAGAACUACCUGGAGACGCGAGGGGCAGCACUCAGUCAGACCACUGAGUUCCUACCCUACUACGCCCUCCCCUUCGUGCCCAACCCUAUGGUGCACCCCUCCUUCAGAGAUCUCUUCCAGGAUUCCUGGAUUCCAGAGAUGAAGCAAGAGCUGGAGAAGUUCCUGACUGUGACACUGAAAGUGUCCAACACUCCAAGACUUCUGUCGUUAUAUAAGGACGCCGGAAGGAAUAGCCAAGACACCAUACAGCAGCUGCAGCUGCAGCUGGCCGAAGCCGAGAAGAGGACCAGCAGCUACAUGAGGAGGUUCAAUAAGAUGCAGGCCGAUCACCACAACCUGAUAGGAGUCACUGCCGAGCUGGUGGACUCUCUGGAGGCUACAGUCAGUGGGAAAAUGAUCUCCCCGGAAUACCUCCAGAGUGUGUGCGUGCGUCUCUUCAGUAGCCAGCUGAGGCAGAGUGCGGCGCAGAGCAUCGACUUCACCAGGCCUGGCACUGGAUAUUACUCUAUGAGUCCUUAUGAUGACGGAUAUGCUUCCUCAUUGCUACGAGCGUCUAUUGCACCUCAGAGGCCUAAGGAGGUGCCGCUGCUGCCCUCUCUGGACUAUGACAAGCUGAAGAGAGACUUGCUUUUGGGAUCAGACAGACUCAAGGCCCUGCUGCUCCAGGCCCUGUGCUGGAGACUGACCCGUUCUCUCCAAGGUGAGCAGAGGGACACGGUACUGCAGGCCUACAUCAGCAACGACCUCCUGGAUCACAGCACCAGACAGAAAUCUGUGCUCCUCUUGAUGAGGUCGAAGAACGAGAUGGUCAGGCAGUACAUGGCUCGUCUCAUCAAUGCUUUCGCUUCCCUCGCAGAGGGUCGUGUGUACCUGUCCCAGGUCCCGUCUUUGUUGAGGCUGCUCAUUGAGUCUCUAAGGACAGAGGAGAAGGACUCUGUGAGCAGAGAGAAUGUCCUGGGAGCCCUGCAGAAACUCAGCCUCAGGAGGAGCCAGCAGUCAGCCAUGAUAGAGGACGGUCUCAUUGACUGGCUGGUGGAUGAGCUGCAGGACUCUGACUGUCUGUCUGACUACACUCUGGAGUACGCUGUGGCCCUGCUCAUGAACCUAUGUCUACGCACCAGAGGAAAGAGGAAGUGUGCUGAGAACCCUAAACACGUGCUGAAGGUUCUGACUGACCUCCUGGGACACGAGAACCACGAGAUUCGGCCGUACGUGAACGGAACCCUGUAUAGCAUCCUGUGUAUUCAUGCAAUGCGAGAGGAAGCCAAGGAGAUGAGUAUGGAGGAGAUCCUUCGCUGCUACAGUAAAGAGGAGAACCCGGAGCUCAACAGGCAGAUUGAGUUCAUUAUCAAACAGCUCAACUCAGGGGAGGUGACUGAAGAGGGACCAGAGUCUGAUGACGAAGAGGAGGAUGACGAUGAUGAGGAAGACGCGAUAGAGACGGACCUGGACAAAGAGGAAGUGCUUCAGCUGCAGCCCAGAGAGUUGUCCGGAGAGACACUACUGACCACAGAGUACCUGGGGAUCAUGACCAACAUGGCGACGAGGGUGAAGAGGAGAUCGGCAGCUCCUCUUGGACGGAGUGUCGAUGAACCCCUGCAGCGACCCGUAACCCCCAGCUCCCACCGAAACACACACAUCAUGGACUUCCGAGGAGGCAGCGAGGGCGACAGGGGUGAGGUAGGGUACCCUUUGAGCAGACAGAGGAGCGUGGACAGCCUGCCCCCGUCCCGCUACAGCUCCCGCCCCCCCACCCGCUCCGGCAGCCGGCCCAGCACCAGCGAAUCCCUGCACCACUCUAUGGACUCAGAGUGUGGCCGUUCGUCCCAGGAGUCUGGGGGGUCGUAUGAAGGACGAAGAGCCCAGGAGGGGGAGGAGCGCAACGGACACUCUGCCAGCAGUGAGAAUGUCCCCGGGUUUACCAGUCGGCCCAAGAUUCCCCGCACGCCGGAGAGUGACGCACCAGGCGUGGAUCCUCGGAGGGGUCGCGUUGUCCCGCCACUGGCCCCCCAGUUCUCCCAGUCUGAGCCCCAGCAGAGCAGCAGCCGACCUGGAUCAGGGGCCUCCGUCACCGUGGGAGGGCCAGGGGGCGGCAGACAGAGCAGCCAGUCGUACACAGGAAGUGAAAAGGACCUUUCACCACGGGGCCGCCAUAUCUCCUGAGGAGCAUCCAGCUUCCUGUAACUCCAUCCGCAGGUUGUAAUCAUCCAGCUUCCUGUAACUCCAUCCGCAGGUUGUGAUCAGGGUCAGGGCAUUAGAGAGGCUAGAGGUCGGUGGAGAGGUGGAGGUAGAGAGGGGGCAGAAGGAGGGAGAGGUGGAGGAAGGAGGUAGAGAAGGAGGAGGGGUGAGAAGGAGGGAGUGGAGGGAGAGGGGUGGAGAAAGAGGGAGAGAGAAGGAGAAGGAGGGAGAGAGGGGGCAUAGGAAACCAUGUGCAGGAUUGUAUAGAACACUUUAGUAACACAACACGGCUCUCGAAUAAGCACAACAACAAAUAAGCUUGCAAGCCGCCUGAUACGCCCUACCUACCUAACCAGCUGGCCAAGGCUUUCUUCUCUUUACCUAUCUCUCUCUUUUAACUCUCUCUCCUGGAGAUUAAAUACCAAAGUACUUGCUCUCCAACGUCAUCUGAAACACAUUGGAUGUUACAUAACCAGCUACUGGACAAAAUUAAUGAAUUCCAAUUCUAUGGUACCGUGUACAUUACCAGCUAUAAUGUAGUAGCACUAUUGCUAACCAAAGGCUGUGUCUCAUCAAAGAUGGGUGAAAGGGUUGGUAGAGGGUUCCUUCCACCAUGUCACUUUUACACUUGACUGUUAGGAAUGUUAAAUGAGUGACCUAUUGAGGAAGGAGGAAAUUAAGUAUUUAUGACUAAUACUAUGGUGAUGGAGUAGGGCUCCUUAUCAAAAAUCUAUUUAUGACUAACACUGUGGUGAUUACAGUAGACUGUAUCAAUAAAGAAAUAUGUAAUCAGUGUCUUAUAGAGCCCUCCAUUUCCGGUGAUGAGGUGGUCGUAGUAUAGGGUAUAUAACAUGCUCAGGUGAAAUUAAGCUGGACUUUGCCACCUUUCUUAUUCCGUUAAAAGGGUUUUGAUUUUGCUUUGUUUUGACUCAGUCUUCCUAGUCCGUUUGCAAUUUGCGCACACACACACCCCACUGGAUAGUGCUGUGUGUGUGUGUGUGUGUGCGCAAAUUGCAUCAAUUUGACUGAUUCUGCCCUCCUGCUUUCCAUCUGAACUUUAAUGCUCUCAAGUUAACGCUUACCUUUAAGCCUGAACUUAAAUGCUUAUCUAAUACUUUCAUAAGAACUACAUAAACAGCUGUAGAGGGUAUUUUACAACCAACCAUACACGUCACGUUAUGGACAAAUCGCUCUUUUGUCCAGGAAUUAAUUUUUCCUUCGUUCUAUACGGAUGCUUAUAAAGAAACCGGGAUUGAAUUACUUAUUUACUAAGGUUUUUGUGUGUGUGUGUGUUUAUCGAAAUCAAGUUGUUACGCUGGUCUGGAUCGUCUCUUGACUUGUAAAUAGUUUGUUGGUUGCUCAGCUCUUUGAAGGGAAAUGUCAACUAAGUGAAUAUCAGCUUUACUUUGAUUUGUUAUCGUAAUUCACUUUGAAUAGCUGCUUUCAUUGAACUUUUCAUUAUGUUAAAUUAUAGUGUUUACAGGAAAGACACAAAGAUGAAGUACUUCUGUCAGGCUAUUGUACAUUAGACUGUAGAUAAUCAUCUGUCAGACUAGUGUACAUUAGACUUAUGAGGUUUUAUUCACAUAUAAAAUCAAUCACAUAACGUAGGCUACUUGAAUCCGGGUGACAUUUGAACUAGUCUUAAUCUAGUCUUGAAUUUGCCUUUUAACAUUUCCACAGUCUCACCGAUGCUUUACUGUACAAUAUUUCUGUCAUAUGUAGCUGAAUUUGUGUGAUAAUGUAUUUUGACACAGUAGCAAUGAAUUUGUCAUAUCUUUGUAUACAUGAAUUAAAUAAACGUUUAAGUGUUA